AUGGGAAAUCUGUGUUCAAAUAAGGAGCAAGAGAGUAGACGUCCUGAGCUUUUAAGACAACGAUUUUCCCUGCGAGCACAUUUAACAAGAUUAGAAGAAGAAAAGAGACUUGAGCAAACACAAAGAGAUGAAGUUAGAUUAGCUCAAAAAGAGAGAGAUGAAGAAUUAGCUAGAUUAGCACCCGAAAGUGAAGAGACACAUUUAAGAAUAUUAAAAGAAGAAAGGAGAACAAGACUUGAGCAAACACAAAGAGAUGAAGUUAGAUUAGCUCAAAAAGAGAGAGAUGAAGAGUUAGCUAGAUUAGCACACGAAAAUGAAGAGAGUAGACGUGCUGAUCAUCUCGAGCUUUUAAGACAAGAAAGAAUUUCCCAGCAAGCACAUUUAAGAAUAUUUGAAGUAAAAAGGAGAACAAGACUUGAGCAAACACAAAGAGAUGAGACUAGAUUAGCUCAAAAGAGACGAGAUGAAGAGUUAGCUACAUUAACAAGACAAUUGUAUAUAACAACACCAGGUCGUUCAGUAAAAGCGGAUGAAAAAAUAUUGUCAAAACCACGUUUAAUCCUUGAUUUGUUGAUAAACUUUACAGAAACAAACCAAUGGCAGCAACAUGACCCAAAUUCAUCAUACUGCCUUGUACUUCUGCCCAACUAUGAUGCAGAAUACCAUAAUUUAGUAAAUAAAUUUAGAAGAACCAACAAAAAUUUUUACAAAGUGACACAAAUUGCCAAAAUGCAAAAUAAGUACCUUUACGCAAAAUACAAACUAAAACAAAUUCAAACUAUGUGCAAUAAUGUCGAAACUUUGUAUCAUGGUACUAAAAUGCAUUGCUUGGAUGCAAUAUGCAAGGAAAACUUAAAUUGGAGACUACAUCAAAGAAGCAAGUUUGGUAGGGGAGUUUCGUUUUCUAGCAUAAGUUACUACUCAACACAUUAUUGUGACAAGGACAAGGAAAAAAUAAUGCUGGUAGUGGAUGUUUUAGUGAACAAUUGGUGCCACGGUGAACAGGGGUUAAUGCUGCCACCUAAUGGUUACGAAACUACUAAAGCAGACAAAAACAAGGUCAUUGUUAAAUAUGAUGAUUUUACUUUUUAUCCAAAAUACGUUAUUUACUAUGAGGGAAUUGAUUAUUCUAAAAAAAAUAAUUAUCAUAGGAGAAACCAUUUCAUGUAUGAAUAA